AACCCAGCGUCUCUUGCAUUUUGCUUUCCACCAACAACCCCCGCUGUCGAGAAACCACGAAUCCUCGAGCUUAUUGAGCUCACCACUCUACUUUUCCAUGUAAAAUGUCUACAUCGACAGCAACUAUCCUGGAACCUUACGAUUCGCAUAUGCAUGACUUUCAAGGAGACACCGAUAUCCCGAUGUUCACUGGAAGUAUUAUGGCCGACACGACGUGGACCUCCGUCGAAGAUACCAUGGACGACGACAGCUCGAACUCACAGUCCCAGUCGGAACCCGUUGAAAUAGAGAUGGAGACAAAUGAAGGAUAUGUACAAGAGUAUGAAAUGACUGACUACCAAGAUGGUGUUCCUCAGGAUGGCGAUCAGGAUCUCCCAGACAUCGAGUUCACCGAUGAACAUCAAGCGGCUUCUCCAUCCAUGCCAGGCUUCGAUACCACAGUUGCACUUUCGGCUGAGCCAAGUCUCUUCUUGGAUCCUCCAUCGAUGAUGCAUAGCGCUUUGCCUUCACCCUCCAUUCCUCAGGCAGAACUAUCGGCCCCGCCUGUCGAAAAUGACUGGUCUCUGACCAAUCACACCGUCCAUGAAGUUUACGUCGAGUCAGAGCCUGUUGCAGUACAGGCAAUCUACUCUGCUUCAUCUGAGCCACAAGAAUCGACAUCUGCGAUUUCACCGGUCUUCCCUGCACCAGAGCUUUCUGGAGAUGCGGCUGAUGCAGCGCCUUCACAUGAGGCGGAAGCUCCACCUCAAGAAGUUGUCUCUGGCAAUACUGAAGGAGAAGCGACUACUGGUUUAGAGGCACCUCCGGUUUCCGAUAUUGAACGUUUUGCUCAAGAAGCCGAGUCCACGACCACCGUCGCUGGCCAUGUACAGAAAGAAGACAGCGUGGCGAACUCUGAUGCUGCCGAUUCCACUGCGGAGCCCACUACUCUUGCAGUUGAGCAGGUGGACUCAGAACAACAAGAGUAUGCGUAUGAGGAUUAUGAGGAGACUCAGGAAGUCGCUAGCAGUGGCGAUCCCCAUGAAAUUUCCGCGGGUGUCUACAUCGACCCGCCACCCGCAGUGUUGCUUGAGGUGUCCUACGCAACGGAACGACUCGAACUAUGUCUCUUCAAUCAGCCUACGCCUGGCUCUGGCUCACAAACACCGACGGCGGAAGCUCCUGUGGAGUUGCAUCAGACGUUUACCCUUUUGUUGCAUGACCGGCCUACGCUUUAUUAUGAGCCCUUGAGCGACGUCUUCGCUGCUCUUCGUGCAGACGAAGUGGUAAACAGUAUUCCUGAGCUUUCCGAAGGCGAGUUAGUUCUAGACGCAUAUGAUCUUCAACUCGUUGCUUCUGAGGAUAACAUGUACAUGCACGAAGUUACUUUACACGAACUGAACAUAUUGCACGAUGACGCUCACUUGUCUGGUCCUCUCCGUUUACGUCUCUAUCCCAGGUCCCCUCGGUUCAUCACUCGCUUCCAUACUUUGCGAGAUCAGAUUGAUCGUUUGGCAAUCGGCGAAGUAGAGCAAGAAGACUUGUAUAGUGAACUUCCCGCCAUUGCGGAGGAGCAGUUGCUUGAAGAACAAAGACCCAUAUCUCCAACGGAUGCACAAGCCCGAGCGUUACCCGCCGAGACCCCAAGCAGCGAAGAAUAUACCGAAAACGCACAACCUGGGGAACCCCAAGUCGACCUUGAGUCUCAAGAAUACCAAGCCCCAGAGGAGGACAGACAGGAAUACGACAUCGACAAUGGUGUCGCUGUCGCUCUCGAGCGACUUGACGAACAAGAAGAAGUCGACAACGAGGGCGAGACUAAUCGAGAAGACACAGAACAAGGUACCUAUCCCGAGUUUGAUGAAAACGCCGAAUAUGAUGGCGCCGUGGCAGAUGAUACGACUGAGGGCACUGAGAUUGGUGAUGUAUCGCACGAAUCACGCGUCGAAGAGAGGGAAGAAGAGACACCAACGAAUGUAGAUCUUGACACCACUGCCGAACACCUUGACGAAGCAGCCCAGCCAGAGGGUGCUGAAAGCACCACCGGGUUUGCUGCUGAAAUCAGUGAACAUGGUGAAGAAGGCGAUGAGCGAGAUCAUGGAGAACUAGAAUCUGGCGAAAUAUUUGAGUAUGCUACCAACGAAACUGCUGACACUGCAGAGCCUAGGAAAGACACAGAAUCUGGAUAUGAAGACACAUCAAUACCGUUACAGGAAUCGACAAUCGCCGUUCUUGAGAAAGAUGAGACAUUCGAAGGUGUGGUUACUUCAGAAGACACCGCUGUAACUCAAGCCGAAACUGCUGAGCGGGAUUCAGAGUUCCAGAAGCCUGUAUCAGAACCUCUGGUGGAAGAGGCAUGGGCGGAUGAGAACAACCAUGAAGGUUCCCAUUUACCGGGUUUCUAAGAGGUCCUACGAUCUUGUAGAACCCGACUUCGAAGAUUACGAUGGCGAAGAUGAUCCGUCUUUAAGUCUACCUGAUACCAAGAGGCUGAGGUCGGCGUGAUUCGCUAUCCCCCGCCCUUGCAUUACUUUCAGUCCCCCUCUAAGUCGACACCAAACUGCGGUCUCAUUUUCUUGGUAUCUGCCUUUCGCGCGAGGCUAGUUUAAGACGGACGAAGCGAGGGCUUUCUUUCUUGUCCCAGUGGUCCUGAUCAAUUCAUCUAGCAAAGUAUGGCGCGUUCGCUACGGUUUGCCAAGCAACCGUGACGGGGUUCAAGUGGCUAAGUAUUUUCUCUGUGCAAAUUGCUAACUCACUUACAGCUUACUGUUCAUCUCAUUAUCUGCUGGUUCAAUUCUCCGCUAACAUUUCCAGCGAUCGGGCAUGUGGGGAUGUUUGGAUCAGAUACCGACUUGGUUGAGGGACAGAGAGGGCACGCCGAGAUGGUAGUGGUGGAACUUAUUCUCUUAACCUUAUUGGUUACACCUUGUUGCACCGGAAGACGCCUGUAGUCUAUGUGUAUUAUACCCGGGAAAGUCUAAUGUGUACAUUUUUGCACAACCUGCCUUGAAACCCAGCAGUUAUUGGACCCCGC